UGUGCAAUAGUCACCACCUUGUAAAUGCGCUUAGGACAAAACUAUUUAACUCACAAUUUAAAAACAACAAUUGUUUAACUCACAAAUUGAAAACAAAAAUAAAUUUCAAACUAAAUUUGGUGCCGGUUUAAGAAUUAUUAAAAGAAAUUCUUCUCGAGUAGAUUUUUAUAAUAAACGUGAAAACUACAAGUGACAAAAUUUCCAUUUGCGCAUUAUUCUUUUCAACAAAUUCCUUCUUCUGGUGGAUGCAUUUACGUAUCUACAUACAUGCAUCAGAUUAAAAACUUACGUCAAUUUUCAUGUUUUUAGAUUAUUGAAAGUAAUAGAUUUUUUGAAUUGAAAAACAAUAAUAAACAAAAUGGGUUUGAGUGAUUCAACGAUUAAAAAAAUUUUAUUAUUUUUAAAUUUUAUAUUUGUGGUCUUAGGACUGAUAUUGAUAUUUAUUGGAAUAGUAUAUUUUUUAACCGCAGAACAUCUGGAACUUCAUCAUAAAGAAAAUCUUAUGGAAGCUAUAUUCGUUACAAUUUUUGUUUCCGUUAUAAUAAAAGUUAUCGGAUUAAUCAUAAUUGCGGUUGGUGUCAUCGUAACACUCUUUGCAAUAUUCGGUUGUUGGGCAACCAUACGUGAAUCCAAAACAAAAUUAAUAAUUUAUUUUUCAGCAUUAACUAUUUUAGUAUUGGUACAAUUAUUAUUAUUUACUAUUGGAGUGACUAGUCAACAAAAUGAUACAUCCGAUAGUGUUGACACUGGAUUUGAUCAGCUGUGGUUGAUGGAAAGCUAUCAAACAGGCGCAUUAGCCGAAUUUGAAAAUACGUUACAAUGUUGUGGUGUCAAUAGUACCGAAGAUUAUCGACGAAUAGAUCAUGAGAUACCAAAAUCUUGUUGCAAAGAUCAAAAUUGUACUAUUCCCGAAAAUAUCUACAAAGAAGGCUGUGAAUCAAAAUAUAAGGAAUAUAUGCACAACAGAGUAUCGUUAUUCAAUAUUGUUAUAAUUUUGCUGAUAUUUGCAGAAAUUACAUCUUUUAUAUUUAGUUGGCUUUUAUAUAGCAGUCUAAAUAAUAGAACACGACGUUCAAAGCAUAGUGAGCUGUAAUAUUGUUAAUAAACCCUUCUUAUGAUUAAGUUGCAUAACUCGAUUAUAUGCUUCAUUACCAGCCAGCAUUUGGAAAAUAGCUUGAUGACUAAUCUACUAAUAAACUAAGUACCUAAAUAUACGAAUUUCGUCUUUGAUGGUCAUAUUACGAUUAAUCAGUUGCGCACUUAAAAAAGGAAUAGAAAAUGAUUCGCACGAAUAUUUAAAACGUCAUUUAUUAAAAUAUAUGUAAACAUUUAUUAGAAGGGGAUAAUAUAUUUUUAAAGCCAUUAUAAUGCUCGUUAUUUAUAUUGUUAUACAUAUUUAUUUUAUAUUUUUAUCUCCCUUAAAACUGUGUACCUAAAAAUAUAACAA